CCCAGCCUACCUUAACCCCCAGUAUCUACCCUUCCCCGUAAAGCAUCAGUCCAUCUUGACCCAGUAUCAGCCAUCAUGUCAUUCCCCAAAGUACCACCAAGCGGCGUCUGGGCCCCCACAAUCACCUUCUUCGACCACAGCACUGACUCGCUGGACACGGAAUCCCAAGCCAAAUACUAUUCGUACAUGUCAAAAACUGGUCUUGCGGGACUGGUUGUGCUGGGUACCAAUGCCGAGACCUUUCUUCUGACGCGUGAGGAGCGGAAGACUCUGCUCGAAACAGCCCGGAAAGCAGUCGGACCAUCCUACCCCAUCAUGGCUGGCGUAGGUGGCCAUGGAACAAAGCAGGUCUUGGAGUUUAUCGCCGACGCAGCUGAUGCCGGCGCAAAUUAUGUCCUGCUUCUGCCCCCCGCCUACUUCGGGAAGCAGACGACGCCGGCAGUUAUCGACAACUUCUUUAAUGAUGUUGCCGCGGAGAGCGCGCUCCCUAUCGUCAUCUACAACUUCCCGACUGUCUGUAACGGGAUUGAUCUAGACUCGGCGACUAUUGCCAGACUAGCCAAGACGCAUAGCAAAAUCGUCGGUGUGAAGCUGACUUGCGGUGCGGUAGCCAAGAUCACCCGUCUUGCGGCUGAGCUCCCAGCAGAUGAGUUCGCGACGUAUGGAGGACAGUCGGAUUUCCUGAUCGGCGGCUUGGCUGCGGGCUCCAUGGGAACCAUCGCGGGAUUCGCCAACGUGUUCCCCAAGACGAUCGUGCACAUCUACAACCUAUACAACGAGGGCAAGUUCCAAGAGGCAAUGGACUUGCACAAGAAAGCUGCGCUCGCGGAGCAGCCUUGCAAGGCCGGUAUUUCAUCUGUCAAGUAUGCGGCGGCGCUUAACACUGCCAAGGCCGCGGGGAUUGAGGGAGCCGUGGCGAAGCUGGAGCCCAGACGGCCGUACCUUGCGCCUAAUGACGCCGAAAAGAAGGCUAUUGAGGCGGGAAUCGCGAGUCUAGUGAGCAUAGAGGCUGGUCUAUAG